AUGCUGGCUGUAUCACAUGGCAAAAUGAACACCACGAAAUUACUGAUUGACUGCCAAGCAGACCUCAACAUACAGGAUGAGGAAGGAUCAACAGCUUUGAUGUGUGCCGCUGAACAUGGCCAUAAAGAUAUCGUCAAACUGUUAUUAACGCAACCGGAUAUCGAUGCUUCUCUUGCCGACUGUGACAGUUCAACGGCGCUGUCAAUUGCAGUGGAGAAUGGUCAUCGUGAUAUCGGUGUGCUUAUUUAUGCCCAUCUAAACCAUGCGCACAGUAAAGCAUCGUCGAACAAAGAUUCGGCUUCAUGA